GCAGCCAUCGUAAUCAAAACAGCAGAGGGGCCCCUCACAGGCUCCGCUCAGCUGAUGGCCGCUUGUGCCCGUGUGUGUAUGUGGUGCGACCGAGCGGCUUCUGUGUGUUUCGCGGGCAUGCGUCCAUGCAAAAUCUAGCCGCCAACUUGAACCACCUGAGCAAGGGAGUCAAACACGGCGUCGGAGGACUCAUGAAUCUAGCGUCCGAGGGGGGUGACCCCCCAAACGCGGUGUUCGUCAACUUCAACCAAGACUGCACAUCUCUAGCAGUCGGCACCGCGACUGGGUACAAGCUCUUCUCGCUCUCCAACAUCGACAGACUCGAACAGAUCUAUGAAAAUGAGACGGAGGGGACAUGCCUGGUGGAGCGGCUGUUCUCCUCGAGCCUGGUGGCCCUGGUCGGGGCAUCGUCUGCCCGCAAGCUGAAGGUGUGCCACUUCAAGAAGGGCUCGGAGAUCUGCAACUACUCCUACUCCAACAGCAUCCUGGCCGUGCGCCUCAACCGAGUGCGCCUGGUCGUCUGCCUCGAGGAAAGCCUCUACAUACACAACAUACGCGACAUGAAGAAGGUGAUGCACACAAUCCGCGAGACUCCCCCCAACCCGAGAGGCCUGUGCGCCCUGUCCAUCUCCAACGAGAACUGCUACCUUGCCUACCCCGGCUCGGACAAGAUCGGGGAGGUCCAGAUCUUCGACGCCUCCAACCUCCAAGCAAAGGUCAUGAUCCCGGCUCACGACAGUCCACUGGCAGCGCUGGCGUUCAACACUGCCGGAACGCUAAUCGCCACCGCUUCCGAGAAGGGCACAGUGAUCCGGGUCUUCAAUGUGUCGGACGGUCUGAAGCUGUACGAGUUUCGGAGAGGCAUGAAAAGGUGCGUGAGCAUCUGCUCGCUGUCGUUCAGCGCAGACUCUCAGUUCCUGUGUGCCUCGAGCAACACUGAGACGGUCCACAUCUUCAAGCUGGAGGACCCCAAGGAAGUGAAGGUGUCGGACGAGCCGGCCACUUGGAUGGGCUACUUUGGCAAGGCCCUGAUGCAGAGCGCCUCCUACCUCCCCUCCCAAGUGACGGAGGUGUUCAACCAGGGCCGGGCCUUCGCCUCCGUGCACCUGCCGUUCUGUGGGGUGCGGACUGUGUGCGCCCUCAUCACGGUCCAGAAGAUUCCCAGGGUGCUGGUGGCGACAACGGACGGAUUCCUCUACGUCUACAACCUGGAUCCUGCCGAGGGCGGGGACUGCACCCUUGCCAGGCAGCACAGGUUGGACGGACGUGAGGCUGCCACCACCACUGCCACCGCCGCCGCCACCGCCGCAAUUCCGCCGGUUGCAGACGGAGGUCCGGAUAAGGCGGCCUCUCCCGCGACAACCCAGCAGACGGCUGCGGCGCGCAAGCCCGACCCUCAGGGUAAAGAAGGGAUCCCUUGUUGCUUCGCAAGCGCAUGUUCAUCUGCGGGGCGUAAGCGCAAGCACAAUGGCGUCGAGCGCCUCGUCAGGUUGCGCUCGUUUUGCGGCGCAGUCGCCUUCUUUGUUUUCGUCCUCUUGAUGGCGGCGCAUCCCGUCGGCUGAAACGGCAGAGUCGAAAGGUUCGUUUCGGGGACCGAUGUCGUUUUUUCUCGAAUCCCGUCGUUGCAAUACAAGUUUACAUCUGCCAGCUACGUCGCUCGUUGCCGGCCUGAGCGCCUAAUAUAAACGUGAAUGCUUUGUUGUAGUUUGUUACUUUUAGAAGAGACUUGUCCAUUGUUCCAUGAUCCGUUUGCCUGAGGCUAAAGUCAUGCAAGACAUCCGCAUUGAUUGUGUGCUUCUAACGAAUUGUUUUUCUUCUCUGUCGUAAACUGAGAAGUGACAUGGUCUGUGGAGGGCACCAAAUUCGCACAUCUGCCUCGUAACACCGACUAAUAGUCUAUGAAAAGAGUGAGCAAAGUGUUGACUGUAUGUUUCUUGUUUUGUUUGUGUUGUCAUGCAUGGUAACUUCCCCACCCCCCAUUUGUAACGAGUACAGAAUAAAAAAAUUAACUGCGUGUUUAUCAUAGGUCGAUUAUGUCUUGAAAGGAAAAUGCUGUACGUUGAGAAAUAAAAAAAACGCUCGAGAGUUUGU